AUGGAGCCGCAGAAAGAGGAGCAGGUGGCGGGGGUCCAUCCACUAGCCCGCUGGCUUGCAGGGCUUUUUGCUCCCAUGUCACUUCGGGACCAGAGAAUGGCGACGAGGAGGGUGACAAGAAUUUUUUGUGUUUGUUUUUUCUUUUCGUUGCUUGCCGGAUGCUUGCUGGAGAAGGUUUGCCUGCUCUUCUACGGCGUGGGUGUGGGCUGCGUCGUGUCCCUCAUCUUGUUUGUUCCUAACUGGUAUCAGCAGGAGGACACGGAGCAGCGGUGGUGCGAUGAGGCUGAGGUAAAAGAAUACUAUCGAGCCCGCCAGCAGCUCUUGGAUGAAAUUGCGAAGGCUGACACGGAAGAGGAGUUGCAGGCGCAUACGAAGGAGGAGGUGAAGGACGACGAUGCCGAUACGAGGCGGGCGGCAGGGAAAUGA